CCGCCCGAACUCUUUUCACGGUAUUCAUAGCUCAUUAUGACCUAUAUGAUGCACAUAGUUCCGACUCAAAAGCGAUUGAUCAGUUGGUGACCCUCCCUCGUAAGUGUAUUUACCCACUUGUAACACAAAUUCCAAAAGUUGAACAUACACCAAUCGUAUACGGAGCAGAUAAAGUGAAAUUUAAUCAUUCCGUAGUUUUUGUAGACAUUAAUGAGUUAUGAAUAUUCCGAAAUAAGUUCGAGCUCUUUGCUUAUUAAUACAGAGAUAAUGUGUUUUUUUUAAGUCAAUGCCGUAGGUCUAUUUUACGGACAUCAGUACAAUUGAUUUUCGAAUCUCGGAAAAUUGCAGAAUUUCACACUGUUCCUAUCGUAAGGCAUGUUUUUAACAUUAAUCACACACACUGGCACAUUCGAUAUUUUUAUUUCAGAAUACGAGCAAAGAACUUUUCCAUACAACCUAUUCUCCUUAAGAUUUAUGUCUGUGCAAAGUUUUCAGUCAAAAUUCAAUUUUUCUGAGAUAAGCCGACGGUAUUGAUUUAAAAAAUAUAUUAUCAACGCACUAAUAACCAAAGAGCUUGACUCAAAAGUAAUUAAUCAGUUGAAAGAUUUCCUUCUUUAAAUACAAAGUUUGUAUUCAUGAUACUAGUAGAAGUUAUAUGAAUAAUCAGUAUUGAUUGUAGACAUGUUCAUCUAGCAGAUGGUCGUUUUAAUCAAGGUUUAAUUGAUAAUUGUCAACGAGAUAUUAAUAAAUAUUGUCAAUCAGAAGUAGUCAAUAAGAAUGAUGAUUAUGAUUCCAAUGAAGAUGAUCCUGACAGCAAUGAUAAUGAUAAUAGAAAAAAAACUAAUGAUGAUGAUGAUAGAGUAACUGAUCGUAAAAUGGAUGGUGGAAUUAUACAAUGUUUACGUUCAAACUAUACUAAUACAUCGAUUACAUUAGAAUCUCAAUGUGUAUUAGAAUUAAUUGAUGUUAUACAAACAUCAAAACUUGAUAUUAAACUUGAUGUUAAAUUAUAUCAAAAUUGUCGAAAAUUCCUUAAAAUUGAAUGUAUUGGUAUCGAUCAAGAAGAUUGUUUAAAAUUACUUUAUCAAAAAAAUAAAAUUGAUGAUGAUACUUGUAAAGAACAAAUUAAACGUAUUAUAAGAGAAGGACAAGUUGAUAUAUAUGCUGAUCGUGCUUUAACAUUUGCAUGUCAAGCUGAUCUUUUGAAAUAUUGUAAUGAUAUUCCUAUAGGAAGUGGAAAACAAUUACAAUGUUUAUUAAGUAUGGGUAAAUCAGUCACAAGUCAAUGUCAAACUAUAUUACAAAAACGACAAGAAUUAUGGGAAUCUGUAAGUUUUUCUUUAAUAUCCCAUGAAAAAAAAUAUGGUAUAAAAAUGCGUUUCAACGCAAACUUUUAGAAAAAAACGCUAUUUUUGCGUUUUAACGCAUCGUUUUGUAAGUUCAACGCGUUUAAACGCAUCGAGUUCUUUCUCCAGCGCAUUUAAAUGCAUCCUUUUUAUUUUGAACGCAUUUUUCCAAAUUAAAACGCAACUUAAAAACACAGUUUGAAUGCGUUUCGUUUUAUGCGUUUGGAUGCGUUUAUCUGCUUUGCAUUCAAAUGCGUUUUUUAACCUUCUUUGAUCGAAAAACGAGUUUUUUUCGAAACGCGUUAUUAUAUUGUUCUUUUUGAUGCGUUUUUUCUAGAAAAAACGGAUUUUUUCGAAACGCAUUACAAUGUUGUUCUUUUUAAUGCGUUUUUUCUCCAAAAGAUGGAUAGUUUAGAAAAGCGUUUGAACGAAUAUUUGUAUGUAAGUGUUUCCAGUAAAGAUGUGCUUUUAGAGAAUACAAAUCUAUUUUAGUUAGAGUAAAUGUUAGGUGAUAUCAAUGUGAACAUUGAAAAGUUAAAAGGUACUACUCUUCGGAACAAUUCUUUGUGAUAUAAUAAGAUAAAAAAAUAGUCGAAUAACAUAGAAAACAAAGCAUGUAUUUAAUAAAAAAAACUAACAACUGAAGAUAAGUAGUAAUAUGUUCUCUAACUAGACUCAGUUAACGUUGGAUACCGAAUGAAAAUAAAUUGUUUCGAAUUAAUAGUAGCAUACUUUUUCAAUAACAUCAUCUACAUUAGUAUGAAUAUGGUGAUUAAAAUCAAUUGUCCCAAAUUCAACAUUAUCGCAAGAAAUUUUUUAUGUGUUAAAAUUCAAUAAUAUCUCAUCUUUUUUGUUAUUACGUAAAUGAUAAAGGCGACUAUAAAUCUCAGUGUGAUUUUUGACUAUAGAACGGGAUAUAUGUAGGUUUGUGGAGAAAGACUUUCUCUAUCUAGUGGUAUAUAUAUUAUUAAAUUGUGUUGCGUACCGUGGUAGAAACUUGAAUAGAAAAAAUCAUGCAUCUUACAUCUUACAUAUUUUUAAGGAAUACUCGUAAACCCCCUCCCAUAAUAGAAGCCCAUCCCAUAUCAGAAGCCCCCCCGUAUUAGAAGCCCCCUCUGGAGGAUUCGAUAUGCCAGACAUAUUAGAAGCCCCCUUAUUUUAAAAACUUUUUGAGAGUUUUUUGAAAACAUUUUUUAGUAUUUUCACAGCAAAACUUAAAAAAUUACAAAAUUUUAAGGUAAAAAUGCGUUA